AUGGCCUCGUCGGCCGCCAGAUCCAGCGUAGUCCCGCCAAACGACUUGGAGAGCUUCCAGCAGCACCUCAACAAAUCAACGCGUAUCCUGGCGCUUCUGGGUGCAGGACUCUCGGCUUCUUCUGGACUGCCGACAUUCCGGGGUGCUGGCGGCUUAUGGAGGACGCACGACGCCACGUCGCUAGCGACUCCAGGGGCGUUUGAGCGCGAUCCAGGACUCGUGUGGCAAUUCUACAGCUACCGACGACACAUGGCCCUCAAAGCCAAGCCCAAUCCCGCACACUACGCCCUUGCUGAGCUAGCGAGGAAGAAGGACGACUUCAUCACGCUGAGUCAGAACGUCGAUGGCCUAUCGCCCCGAGCCCAACAUCCCGCCGAGAAGCUGAAGCUGCUGCAUGGCUCGCUGUUCGAUGUCAAGUGCUCGGAUUUCUUCUGCAACUAUCUCGAGCGAAACAACUACACCGACCCCAUUGUCCCCGCCCUUGCCAUCCCAACCCACGACGAAUCCGAUCCCACCACAACUUCCGCUCUCGCCGCUGCUCGCGAACUAGACAUCUCGGACAUCAACGUCGCCAUCCCGGAACUCGACUACAAACACCUCCCCCAUUGCCCGGAAUGCAAGCGCGGUCUCCUUCGUCCAGGAGUGGUUUGGUUCGGGGAAGCGCUGCCUAGGAAGGUCAUGGAGGAUGUUGAUUCCUUCGUCUCGGAUGAACGGGGUAUCGAUCUUAUCAUGGUUAUUGGUACCAGUGCCAGGGUGUAUCCUGCUGCUGGUUAUGUCGACCUUGCGCGUAACAAGGGCGCGCGCGUUGCUAUUAUCAAUAUGGAUACCAAUGAUAUUCCGGCAGGUGGGUUGUACGACGGGGAUUGGUUCUUUCAAGGCGAUGCUGCACAGAUUGUGCCCGAAUUGUUGAAGAGUGUUAUUGGUGACAUUGACAUGGAGAAGAUGGGCGACGCUGCCCAAGGGGCUUGA